AUGGAGCUGCGGCCGUUGGUCAUGUGGUUUGCGCUGUGCAUGGUCUAUGCCUCCAGUAAACCCACCAUCGAGAAGAAGGACCGUGUCCACCAUGACGACCAGCUUAGCAACCGCAACCAUGAUGACGCAGAUAACUUUGAUUAUGACCAUGAAGCAUUUCUUGGACAGGAAGAGGCCAAGACCUUUGAUCAGCUCACACCUGAAGAGAGCAAGGAGAGACUGGGUAUGUUGGUAGAGCGUAUAGAUGAGGACAGGAAUGGCUAUGUGUCAGUAGAGGAGAUGAAGAAGUGGAUCAAACACAGUCAGAAGAGGUGGAUCUAUGAUGAUGUGGACCGCCAGUGGAAAGGUCACGACCUUAACGGAGAUGGACUGGUGUCCUGGGAGGAGUACAAGAAUGCUACGUACGGAUACAUACUGGAUGACUCAGACCCAGAAGAUGGCUUCAGCUACAGACAGAUGAUGUCACGCGACGAGAGGAGAUUCAAAAUGGCCGACCUGGACGCGGACCUGAAGGCCAGUAAAGAGGAGUUUACAGCCUUCCUCCAUCCUGAGGAGUACGACCAUAUGAAGGAUAUAGUUGUACUGGAGACCAUGGAGGACAUUGAUAAAAACGGAGACGGCUUCAUAGAUCUGGAGGAGUACAUAGGAGACAUGUAUAACCAGGAGGGUGAUCCUUCAGAGCCAGAGUGGGUGAAGACAGAGAGAGAACAGUUUACUGAGUUCAGAGACAAAAACAAAGAUGGCCUCAUGGACAAGGAGGAGACCAGAGACUGGAUCCUCCCCUCAGACUACGACCACGCAGAGGCUGAAGCCAAACACCUGCUCUACGAGUCAGAUAAUGACAAGGAUGGCCGUCUGACCAAGGCAGAGAUCGUAGAAAAGUAUGACCUCUUCGUUGGCAGCCAGGCUACUGACUUUGGAGAAGCUUUGGCAAGACACGAUGAAUUCUAACCCUCAAUUCCGGGGCAAUUCAGUCAUGGAGUUGAAAUCCAAAUUCAAAAGAAGUGCACUAUAUGGAGAAUAGGGUGACAUUUGAGAUGGAGCGUUUCACUCCGAUGCCUAGGACAAUAAUUUAUUUGAUUUCCUGGCCUAUUAUACACACUAGUGAAUACAUAA